AUGUGGCAUGAGGUGGCCUUCGAACUCCGAGGCGCGGUUAAGGAUCCUAUUGUGAGAACAGCGUUCGCCGGCUUCAAACCCGGUCAAGCCAUCACCGAGGUCGUCUUACCUUUCCGCGGUGAAGUACACGGCGCGCUUAUGGCCUUAAAUUUAAUGACAUCUGUCACAUUUGAUGUGACGCCGAAGGUCGGUAAAUGCCGAACGCAAAUCGCUUUGAAUUCGCCUUCUACGGGCAGAUGUACGGUGAUUCCCGAGCUGCAAAACUUCGUGAGAGCAUCGAAAGAAGACGAGAAUGAGACAGAAGUGAAGAACGGCUGUGGCGGGUACGCAAUCCGCCAGAUUGUUGAAUACCGGCUGACCAAGUCAUCAUGGUAUCGUGUGUUUUCCGAUGACCUUGUGGAAAAGGAGCUGGAAAAUGACCAUCCAAAACGCAUAGCAUUGGUUUCACGCGCGGAGCCAAUGUUGACGAACGGCACAGGCCAAAAUUUGAGGUUCGACUCUGGAAAUGUCAGGGAACUACACAAGGGAGGAUUUUGUAAGGUCAACAUGACACUGCAAACUUUCACUGAUACUGAGAACUAG